GCUACCACAGUCAAACAAGUGAAAGGCCAACGAAAUCUGUUACGUAAUCGGUCGAUUGGUGAGACAGAGACGCAUGGGGUCAAAUCACGCUCACGUCGAGCGAAACAUUCGAAAUCGAACUCCGAUGUGCACGGAGUGGCCAGUCCGACCACGCUUCUGAGUCGACCACAUUCCGAAGAACUUCGCCUGCUUGGAUUGCUCAAUCUGCGAGAUCAGAGCACUUUGGACUCGCCCAGUCAACGAUUCUCCUACUUGAACGAGGGAGUUCGUGUGCUUCGUUCGAAAACCAGUUCACCGGCACCCGUGGACUCAGAAACCGCCGCCCCGUUACCCGGUAUCGGUAGUCGUGUCGGACUAGAGGAUCGAUUCCCGACCUCGAACGGCAGCACUCCGCACUCAUCCCACUCGCCCAGUCUUCGUCGUUUGCAACAUGCGAGCAGUUCACGAAGCAGUUUCGGUUGUGUCGAAUCGUACAAAAAAUUAGAUGUAUUGGGCGAGGGUUCAUACGCGACCGUGUAUCGCGGUUAUUCACAGUGA